AUGAGAAGAGUACAUUAUGUUUUCGUGUAUUUUGACUCAACUCCAUUAAGAUAUAUAGAUACAAAUUCUGAUGAAAACAACAACAACAACAAUAAUAAUAUUAACAAUAACAAUAACAAUAACAAUAAUAACAAUAACAAUAAUCAAGCACUAGAUAAUAUUAGUCAUAUAAAUAGUUCGAUCAGUAGAAGUAGUAAUAUAGUUAGUGUUGGUUAUAUAGAUCCAAACGCUAACACUAGCAAUAUCAAUGACAAUGAUAAUGACAACAAUGAUAAUAAUAAUCACUAUAAUCAUAGUUUGAAUCAAAAUAAUGAUCAACAUCAUCAUCAUCAUCAUCAUAAUCAACAACAUCAUAAUAAUCAACUAUAUCAAGUACAACAUCAGCAUCAACAACAACAACAAAUCGAUUUAGAUUCAUUGGAUGGACAAUCAUUUUCACAAUUUUCAUUUUUCGGUGGAAAUCAGCAUAAUACCAGUUUCAUAGAUAACGAUUCGGAUCGGUCUGAUAUCGAUUCAGUUCAAUCGGGUCUAGAUGAAAACGAUCUCGAAAACAUUGACCACUAUUUCCAAACACAGGAAAACGGUCUGAAAUCACCAUCACAUGAAUCAUCAGCUUCUUCCUCUUUCAAAUCCAACAGUAUAAACAUCAACAACCAUAACAGUAAUAGUUUCAAGAAUCAACUAAAUUUUCAUGGUAGUAAUAUAGGAAGUAUAGGAACAAUAGUUGGUAGUCAUGGAAGUAGUAGUAGUAGCCAUCAUCAUAAACAACAACAACAACAAAGAGGAGGUGGAGGGAGUGGAGGGCAUGAUAAUCAUCAACAACAACAUCAUCAUCAUGCAUAUGAACAAUCAUCGGCAUCAUCAUCAUCAGCUGUACCGAUUACAUCUUCAAGUCCUCACAAUCAUCAUCAAAGAUCAGAAUCAACUCGCCGAGAUGCCAGACAUCAAGGACCUGGCCAAGCUUCACAGUGUCUCGAUGGACUACAAUCAAAUCGCGGCGAUUCCCGAGAAACUGCUGAUCUCACUGGGACGUCUCUCGAAAUUCACAAUGAGCAACAACCGACUGAAAUCGAUACCCUACACCAUUCACCAUCUUUCAUCGCUGAUCGAGCUCAACAUCUCGUCCAAUCACAUCGAAACAAUGCCCGACUCCAUUUGCUUCCUCUCCAGUCUGAAGAAGCUGGACAUCUCCAACAACAACAUCACCCAGCUACCCGAUCAAUAAGAGAAAUUGGAGUAGAUGGUAAUCCAUUACCUUCAUUCUAUCAUCUUGGAUUGAAAGCAAUACGCUAUCAUAUUAAACAUCCGGAUUGCGAUAAACUGGAUAUCGAUAUUCUAAACGAAGAAUCAUUCGAUUUCCAGCAAAUUCCAAUCUCUGGAAAUCCAAGAAGAAAUAUGGAAGAAAGUUUUGUUAAUUUAUUUGGUAACAUUACAAUAAACAAUAAUAAUAAUAACAAUGAUAAUAAUAAUGAAAAUAGUAGUAAUAAUAAUAAUAAUAAUAAUAAUAAUAAUAAUAAUAAUAAUAAUGAAAAUAAUAAUAAUAAAAUAAAUAAUAGUAAUGAUAAUAUUAUUUUGGAUGGUAGUGGUAAUUCAACACCUAAUAAAAGUCUUAGAGUAUCGAAUACACUAAAGAAUUCACCACCCAGAAUACGGUAUGAAUGGGAGAUCGAUUUCAAGGAGCUGGAGAUCGGUGAACUCAUUGGCCAAGGAGGUUUCAGUAAGGUGUAUCACGGCUAUUGGCGACGCAAUGAAGUGGCCAUCAAACAGCUGGAACUCCAGAGUUACAAGUCACUCGAAGACUUCCGUCGUGAAGUCGGAAUACUGAGCAAGCUGAAGCCACACGAGAAUCUGCUACGCUACUACGGUGCCUGUACUCACGGCCAAUACUGCUACAUCGUCACUGAGUAUCUGCCGCGCGGAUCACUCUACGACUUGCUGCACCGCGAGGGAACGAAAGGCUUGGUCAAGAUCGACUUGAAACUGAUCCUAACGUUUGCCAUGGGUGUGGCACUCGGGUGUUAUCAUCUCUCCAACUACGAGCCACCCAUCUACCACACCGACCUCAAAUCAAAGAACCUGCUGGUGACCAAUGCUCUCAAGAUAAAGAUCUGUGAUUUCGGAAUGGCAUCAUGCAAGAAAAAAGACAAUGGAAUCGACAAAGACCGAUUGACCUACGCCUACUACGCAGCUCCUGAAAUUUUAAAUUGUAAACCAUUCACAGAGAAAAGUGAUGUAUUUUCUUUUGGCACUAUUCUUUGGGAAUUGAUUACAAAUUCAAUUCCUUUCAAUGGAAUGGAUCCACAUUUUGUAAAGGAUCUACUAAAAUCUGGCAGUCGAUUGGAAAUACCUGAGAGUUGUCCGGAUAAAAUGUCUGAGUUGACUUUUAAUAAAUAUCCAUUCUUGAAGGAGCUUGGUCUCGCCGAAGAGAAUGCUGGUCUUUACAAUGGUAAAUGGGGAGGUAAAGGUGAUCUCAUCAAGAGCAUCAACCCAACCACCGGUGAAGUAAUUGCUACUGUUAGAGGUGCUACAUCUGAGGAAUAUGAAGAGACCAUCCAAGCUAUGACUGCUGCCAAAACAAAGUGGGCAUUGACUCCAGCACCAAAGAGAGGUGAAAUUGUUAGAUUGAUUGGAGAUUCUCUUCGUACCAAGCUUGUACCAUUGGCCAAGUUGAUUUCAUUGGAGAUGGGUAAGAUUUUCGUUGAAGCCAAGGGUGAAGUUCAAGAGUUUAUCGACGUCUGCGAUUUCGCUACUGGUUUGAGUCGUUCGAUCAACGGUCAAGUUAUGCCAUCGGAACGUCCAGGACACGUUUUGUUGGAGAAUUGGAAUCCAUUGGGUUUGGUCGGUAUUAUCACUGCCUUCAACUUCCCAUGUGCCGUUCUCGGUUGGAACGCUGCCAUCUCUUUGAUCUGUGGUAACGUUCAAUUGUGGAAGGGUGCUUCAUCGACCUCGCUCAUCACCAUCGCCGUCACCAAGAUUGUUGUCGACGUCCUCGAAAAGAAUGGAUUCGACGGUGCCAUCUGCAGCACCAUCAUCGGUCCAGGUCGUACCGUCGGUGAGAAGAUGAUCCAAGACAAGCGUUUCGGUUUGAUUUCAUUCACCGGUUCCACUGAGGUCGGUCGUCGUAUCUCGUCGGUCGUUCACUCCUACUUUGGUCGUACCAUUCUCGAGUUGGGUGGAAACAACGCCAUCAUUGUCGCCGAGGAUGCCAACGUCGAUCUCGCUUUGAGAGCCGUUCUCUUUGCCUCUGUCGGUACCACCGGUCAACGUUGUACCACCUGUCGUCGUCUCUUUGUCCACGAGAGCCACUACGAUGCCGUACUCGAGCGUUUGAAGAAGGCUUACGCCACCGUCAAGAUUGGAGAUCCAUUGGCUGAGGGUACCCUCGUCGGUCCACUCCACACCGCCAGCGCCGUCAAGGAAUACACUGAGGGUCUCGAAGAGAUCGUCAAGCAAGGUGGUAAGAUCGCCUACGGUGGUAAGAAGGUCGAGCGUGCCGGUUUCUUUGUUGAGCCAACCAUCGUUGAGAUCAACCACGACGCCCCAAUCGUCAAGACCGAAUUGUUUGUACCAAUCCUCUACAUUAUGAAGUUCAAGAACCUCGACGACGCCUUUGCCUGGAACAACGAAGUACCACAAGGUCUCAGUUCAUCACUCUUCACCAACAAUCAAAUGAACGUCUUCAAGUGGAUGGGUCCAACCGGUUCCGACUGUGGUAUCGUCAACGUCAACGUAGCUACCAACGGUGCUGAAAUCGGUGGUGGUUUCGGUGGUCACAAAGAGACUGGUGAUGGAAUUGAAUCUGGUUCCGAUGCCUGGAAACAAUACAUGAGACGUAGUACAUGUACAAUUAACUACUCAACAGAAAUGCCACUAUCUCAAGGUAUCAACUUCCAUUUGUAA